AUGAAGUUUUUAACUACCAACUUUUUAAAAUGUCCUGUCAAGACCUGUGAUACAUCUAAUGACAAUUUCCCAUUGCAAUACAACGGUGAAAAAUGUCAGUUAAUACAGGACGAAAGUAUUGAAUUCAAUCCUGAAUUUUUGUUGAAUAUCCUAGAUAGAAUAGAUUGGGCUGCUAUUAUCAUUGUGGCCAGAGAUCUAGGAAACAAAUCGCUACCGCCAACAAAGCCAUCUUUUUCUCCAGAAUUGUCUGACGAUGAUCUAAUUGUUCUAAGAGAUUUACAUACUUUGUUGUUACAAACUUCUAUAGUGGAUGGUGAGAUGAAAUGUAAAAAUUGUGGUCAUAUAUAUUUCAUUAAGAAUAGUAUCCCAAAUCUAUUGUUACCGCCUCAUUUGGCUUAA